AUGGCAACGAAAAAGAUGUGGGUUUGGAUGUUGCUAACAUUAUUAACUUUGGUUGGCGAAAGGUGUGGUCGUUGCUAUGGGUGUUUGGAGGAAGAGAGAAUUGGGCUCUUGGGGAUCAAAGCUUUGAUCAAUCCACACAGCGUUUACGGGUAUUUAGGCGACUGGACGGUCAAUAAAGAGGAUAAUUGUUGUAAGUGGUCUGGGAUCAAGUGUGAUACAGCCGCAAGGCGAGCGAUCCAACUCUCUCUUUGGGAUGCAAGGGAUUUGCGCUUGGGCGAUUGGGUUCUCAACGCAUCUUUGUUUUUUCCUUUUAGAGAAUUGCAAAGUCUUGAUUUGAGCUCUACUGGAUUAGUUGGUUGCUUUGAGAAUCAAGGUUUCGAAGUCCUAUCAUCAAAACUGGAGUUACUUGACCUAAGUGAUAAACGAUUUAAUGAUAAAAGCAUUUUGUCAUGUUUGACUGGGCUUUCCACUCUCAAGUCUUUGGAUCUAUCACACAAUCAGUUGACAGGAUCAGCUAGCUUCUAUGGGACUUUCUUCAACUCGACCACCCUUGAAGAAUUGUAUCUAGAUCGUACUUCUCUCCCAAUAAACUUUUUCCAAAACAUUGGAGCAUUGCCUGCUCUUAAAGUUUUGUCUGUUGGUGAAUGUGACCUCAAUGGCACGCUGCCUGCUCAAGGUUUGUGUGAAUUGAAGAAUCUGAAGCAGUUAGAUCUCUAUGGAAAUAAUUUAAGAGGUUCACUCCCAGAUUAUUUGGGGAACUUGUCAUCUCUACAACUAUUAGAUGUUUCUAGAAACCAAUUUACUGGAAAUAUUAACUCCAGUUCUCUUACCAACAUCAUAUCCCUUGAAUUCCUCUCACUAUCAAAUAACCUCUUUGAAGUUCCCAUUUCAAUGAAGCCUUUUAUGAACCACUCAAGCCUCAAGUUCUUCGAUAGUAAGAACAAUAGGCUAGUAACGGAACCUACUGCAUUUGAUAAUUUGAUUCCGAAGUUCCAACUAGUCUUUUUCCGCUUGUCAAAAAGUCUAACAUCGGAAGCAGUCAAUGUAGAAAUUCCCAACUUCCUCUAUAACCAAUACGACUUAAGAGUCCUUGAUCUCUCCCACAACAACAUCAUUGGAAUGUGUGGUCGUUGCUAUGGGUGUUUGGAGGAAGAGAGAAUUGGGCUCUUGGGGAUCAAAGCUUUGAUCAAUCCACACAGCGUUUACGGGUAUUUAGGCGACUGGACGGUCAAUAAAGAGGAUAAUUGUUGUAAGUGGUCUGGGAUCAAGUGUGAUACAGCCGCAAGGCGAGCGAUCCAACUCUCUCUUUGGGAUGCAAGGGAUUUGCGCUUGGGCGAUUGGGUUCUCAACGCAUCUUUGUUUUUUCCUUUUAGAGAAUUGCAAAGUCUUGAUUUGAGCUCUACUGGAUUAGUUGGUUGCUUUGAGAAUCAAGGUUUCGAAGUCCUAUCAUCAAAACUGGAGUUACUUGACCUAAGUGAUAAACGAUUUAAUGAUAAAAGCAUUUUGUCAUGUUUGACUGGGCUUUCCACUCUCAAGUCUUUGGAUCUAUCACACAAUCAGUUGACAGGAUCAGCUAGCUUCUAUGGGACUUUCUUCAACUCGACCACCCUUGAAGAAUUGUAUCUAGAUCGUACUUCUCUCCCAAUAAACUUUUUCCAAAACAUUGGAGCAUUGCCUGCUCUUAAAGUUUUGUCUGUUGGUGAAUGUGACCUCAAUGGCACGCUGCCUGCUCAAGGUUUGUGUGAAUUGAAGAAUCUGAAGCAGUUAGAUCUCUAUGGAAAUAAUUUAAGAGGUUCACUCCCAGAUUAUUUGGGGAACUUGUCAUCUCUACAACUAUUAGAUGUUUCUAGAAACCAAUUUACUGGAAAUAUUAACUCCAGUUCUCUUACCAACAUCAUAUCCCUUGAAUUCCUCUCACUAUCAAAUAACCUCUUUGAAGUUCCCAUUUCAAUGAAGCCUUUUAUGAACCACUCAAGCCUCAAGUUCUUCGAUAGUAAGAACAAUAGGCUAGUAACGGAACCUACUGCAUUUGAUAAUUUGAUUCCGAAGUUCCAACUAGUCUUUUUCCGCUUGUCAAAAAGUCUAACAUCGGAAGCAGUCAAUGUAGAAAUUCCCAACUUCCUCUAUAACCAAUACGACUUAAGAGUCCUUGAUCUCUCCCACAACAACAUCAUUGGAAUGUUUCCAUCGUGGUUGCUUAAGAACAAUACACGAUUGGAGCAACUAUUUAUGAGCGAAAACUCCUUUGUUGGUACCUUACUGUUUCAAGAUCACCCAAAUCCAAAAAUGAAAGUCAUAGAUAUAUCCAACAACAACAUGAAUGGUCAACUCUCUGGAAGUUUUAGAUUUAUCCAACAAUCAAUUGUCGACAAUAAAACUAGAAUGCUUGACAGCAUUAACAUUUCUCAUGCUGUCAAACAACAAUUUGGGUGGCCAAUUACCUGA